GAGCGCCGUGGAAACAUUCUUAUCUUCGACAUACAAUUAUCUUUCCCCCAGAAAUAACCCUAGCCGGGGGGCAGACGAUUUAAUAUGGCUCAGUUGCACCGGCCCAAACGCUGACGUGUGAACAACGCACUAACUAAUCAAAUGAGACUCGACUCUAUUAAUCUCCAGGGGUAUAAAUGGAAGCGCCAAGGAUGCAGUGAUCGCUGAUUCCACUCGGCACAUCUCGGAUACAUCGGGGGCAUCAUCAUCAUCAUCAUCAUCAACAGCAUCAUCAACAUCAACAUCAUCAACAACAACAACAACAUUGCAAGCUCUCCAGUAGCCGGGCACCAUGAAUUACGCCAAGCAGAUAGUGGCCGCGGAGAUCAACGGCAUGUGCUGUGCCAAGAAGUUCGUUGCCAAUUGUUUCGACGGUUUCAGCAAUCUGACGCUGGAGCCCAAGCAAGUGACGGUGCAGUGGAGGGAGGAGAAGACACGGAGCGGAGGAGAUGCCUUGGCCGGGCUGGAAGAAGCCUACACAACCAUUCUCAAAGGGCUGGGCGAGAAUCCGGAGCGAGAGGGUUUGCUGAAAACUCCCCGCAGGGCGGCUAAAGCCAUGCAGUUCUUCACCAAAGGCUACCAGGACAAUAUCCCAGACAUUUUGAAUGAUGCUGUCUUCGAUGAGGACCACGAUGAAGUAGUUAUUGUGAAAGAUAUUGAAAUGUUUUCACUUUGUGAGCAUCACCUAGUUCCUUUUUUUGGCAAGGUUCACAUAGGUUACCUACCAAAUAAAAAGGUUGUUGGGCUCAGCAAACUAGCAAGGAUUGUUGAAAUUUACAGCAGAAGACUUCAAGUUCAAGAACGGUUAACUAAGCAAAUUGCUGUAGCCAUCACAGAGGCUUUGAAACCAGCUGGAGUAGCAGUUGUCAUAGAAGCCACGCACUUGUGCAUGGUGAUGCGCGGUGUGCAGAAAAUGAACAGCAAGACAGUGACCAGCACAAUGCUUGGAGUUUUCCGUGAGGAUCAAAAGACACGGGAAGAAUUCCUCACAUUGACCAAAGAGUAGAAGGACUGCUUUCAAAGCAAAACUCUCUGCAGCAUUGGGAAUAAAUUCUGGCCUGUCCUGAAAAUAAGGUGUGCAUUGAAAUUUCAAAGACUUUCAAAGAAUUUCAAAUUCCUGCUCUGAUUAAAUGCUGAGGAUUCCAUUUGAUUCAAGCAACAGGCCAACAAUUUCCAAAAAAAUACUAAAGAUAAACACAGUUGUCGCGCCAUAUCUGAAUAAUAGAAACCACAUUACCACCGUGUGUAGUGGUAAUACACUUUGUACCUGUCAAUAUCCUUGUUGUGACUCGGUGUAUGAUUCUGCAGUUUCAGUCAACGUUCUAAAAAUAUUUCUAACUUCCUACCGUUUUAUUUUUUAAUAAUACAGUAAGUGUUAAACCAACAGAGCUGGCUGCUUAUUUGAUUAAUUCCCAAGCUUCAGGUUCGGGCAUUAGACAUAAAACAAACAAAUGCGCGAUGUCAUUGCGUACUAAUCUAAUCAACUUAUUUUUAUCUGUUUAAAGUUCAAAGCCAGGUUAGGUGAUGGCCUUCUACUUGUAUCUGCGUUUACUCAGCCCAAACUGACAAAUCAGCAGUUUCAUCUUUCUGCUGACUUCAAUGCUCUGGAUGUGAACCAAAUUCUUUAUUUUCCACCAACAGGCAAUAUUUAGACAGAAGGCAUGCUACGUGGAAAAACAUAAUUACUAGGUGCAAUUCCAGUUAAAUUACAUUUUCGAGGACCAAAUGUAGGAGGAUUCAUUUAAAUCCAGUCAUUCUACCUGGAAGCUUUUGACUGUGUACAUAAAAUAUCCUGUGAGCACAAAACUAUUUUUUUAAAUGAGUGAAAUUUUAUUUUGAAUAUUGUUCUAUUGGACAAGAUUUAUUUUAAAUGUUUUUAAUAGGUUUACUUUUUUAUUUGGAUGCUUCAAUCUUUUUGUGAUUUAUUUUCAAAUUUAUAUUUUCUUAGCAUCAUUGCAUCCCUGCUGAACCUACAGUUACUGAAAGUAUAAGCCAGGGUUCAUAGUUUACUCUUCAGUCUGGUGGUGAGUUGGCUGAGCAAUCCCCAACAAUCCUGAGGGGAAAACGUAAGCAGAAAUCCAAGAAUAAUCACCCAACAAAGCUGAGCCCAAAGAUCUUAGAGCAGAGCUCUUUGGCAGAGCCUCCAGAAUAUUUUAGCUGUAGUUAUAAGGAUGACUCUCUCAAAGCAGGUUUUGUGCUCUGGGUCACCAUCCACCUACCCAAGCUGAACCUUCAGAGGACAGUACGAGUCUUGAUGAUAGUCUCCUCUGUUGUUGAAUGAGCUAAAACUAUUCAGUCCACACUGACUCAACCUCAGUCAGCGGCUGGUGAAUCUGUGAAAUUCAUUGACACAGAUGGCUGUGGAGGACAAGUCAAUGGAUAUUUUUAAGGUGGAGAUUGAUAGAUUCUUGAGUAGUACAGGUGUCAGGGGUUAUGGGGAGAAGGCAGGAGAAUGGGGCUGAGAGGGAGAGAUAGAUCAGCCUUGAAUGGCAAAUGGGCUGAAUGGCCUAAUUGUUCUCCUACAACUUAUGAACUGAUGUGUAAAGUGGGCUGUUUAAAUGGAGAAUGCCUUUCACUUAUGGGAUUGUAGCUCAACAAGAAUUAGAGCCUCGAGUGGAAUGGAGAUAAAGAUGAGGAAGAGACAAGUCUUUUCUGAAAUUGUUCACUAAUAUUUCAGUUACAACAGUAAUUUGUCUGCAAUGACACACAAUUUAAAAUAAUGGCUGGUGAUGUUAGAAAUUAAGAAAUUUGCUCAGCUUGUCACGUAAAAUGGAUGAAAACCAGUCGGCAGCCUAAAUUGCACUGUAAAUAUUUUCCUGAUAAAGUCAGUGUCAAUGAAAGCUCAACAUUUCUGUGUUUUAUUGUGUAGUUUUUACUACUUCCCCACCCCCCGCAAAAAAAAAAGAAAUCCCAGUCUCUAUGUGCUCAUUAACUCCUUUGUCUGAAUACUUUAAUGGAGAUAUUAAAAGUGCUUUUAUUAAAAAUAAAUUUAUGACUCCAACAAAAUAUAUUUAUAAUAAUGGAGGAUUAUAAAUAUAUGAUAAAAGUGAUACAUGUAAUCAUUUCUCUCACUGGUCUUAAUGCUGUAUAUCGCCAUGGUCUUAAUGCAAAAUCUAUCACCAUAAAUUGGAUCAAAAACAGACUGCUUAGUUUCUCCAAUUGUACGAAGACUUAUGUUAACAGUAUAUAUUUUAAAAUUCUCUGUAUACAUUUUUAGGAGAACAUAGCAUUUUAUCAGCGAAGUAAUUUGAACCUCUGUGGUUAAUAUAACAAAUGCUGAGACCAUCAAUCUAUUGUUAUGUCUCUUUAAAGAGAAAUAAUUUGCAUUUGCAGAGCAUUACUUGAAGGAUGUCCUAAAGCACUUUUCAAUCCAUAAAGUUCCUUUGAAAUGCAGUCACUGUUGCAAUGUAGCUGUCAAUUUAUACACAGCGAAGUGACAGAUAAUCGGGUAAUCUGUUAGAUAUGGUUUGUGGGAGAGGGCAAGGGUAAUAGGGAGAACUGCUCUGCUUUCCUUGUGUCCUGGAUUCUUUUGCAUACAUUUGAGAACUUCCCAAAAGAUGACAAAUAUAAAAUUUACCUUGCAUACGUGUGGGAAUAAAGCCCGAGCCCUUAACCUUCUUAUUCAGAAAUGAGAGUAUUACCAGUAAGCCAAUAUGCCAGAUAUAAAGAUAACAUAUAUUUAAAGGAUAAUGCUAAACUGGUGCUUUGAACCAUAGGUCAUUUUCCAAAAUGACGUACUAUGAGGCCUUAAUGAGUUUUCAUCGCAUUAUGUAAAAUGUUUGAACUACAGAAAUUAAACAAACAUUUUAAUGUUCUGUCAGCCACUAUCAACUAAAUGUUCUGUAUUUCUACUGCGGAUAUUAUUACACUUUUCAUGUUGUGUUAUUAUAGUACUAAAAUUGAUUUUGUAGCCUUGUCACCAUUAAAUUAAAAGGCUUUAGAAUUUAAAAAAAAUGUAAUCACUAUAUACCUGUGGAAAUACGUUGUGCCUUUAUAAUUUGUGCAAUAUGGAAAAAGUGUUGAUGGGGAUUGUUUCAUAUAUCAUUAUUUAUGGGGAAAAAAGUAGAACUAUUUUAAUUUGCUGUUGCUUGUCUGUACCAAUGUUAGUGUUCUCGUGAAUUUUUGAAAAUAUACCAAAAUCUAUGUUGUAUCUAUUAAUAAAAUGAUUUUUUCAUAAUUAAUACAAUUA